AUGAAAUCCUUCUUGCUUCCAGUUGUGGUUCUGAGUAUGCUGCUGUUGUCACUGAGUGGGCAGGCUGAGGGCAGUGGCAGCUCAGGGCUCAGGCUGUGUGGACGGGAGUUCCUGAGGGCCGUGGUCUACACCUGUGGGGGCUCCAGGUGGAAACGAGACCUUCCUGGAACAGACACUGAAGGUCUGUGUUACAGAGCACAGACUGGGCUGGAGUCAGCGGAGAACGCUCCUACGACACAGCGUCUGAGGAGAGACCUGACGGAGCUCCUGAGCAAUAUCUGCUGCCAGGUGGGCUGCCGCAAGAGUGACAUCACCAAGCUGUGCUGA